UUGGCAUUGUGCCAUUCUCGCUUCCAAGCUCACAAAUAUCUUAUCGGUCUCUCUCUAUCGCCCUUAUAUAUUACCACCCUUCCUCUCUGCUCUCAAUUCUCUUCUUCUCCUCAUCGCUCCCUCUGUAGCGGAUCGGGGUUCCAUAGACUCUUAAGAAUCUUUACAAUGGGACAAGCUUUUUGUUGUAUUCAAGUGGACCAGUCUAAUGUAGCUAUCAAAGAACAAUUUGGAAAGUUUGAUGAGGUGCUUGAACCUGGUUGCCAUUGUUUGCCAUGGUGUCUUGGGAGCCAGUUAGCUGGUCAUCUUUCAUUGCGUGUGCAGCAGCUAGAUGUUCGAUGUGAAACGAAAACUAAGGAUAAUGUUUUUGUUACUGUUGUUGCAUCUAUUCAAUAUCGAGCCUUAGCAGAAAAGGCAUCUGAUGCUUUCUAUAAGCUCAGCAACACCAGAGCACAGAUCCAAGCCUACGUCUUUGAUGUAAUUAGAGCUAGUGUUCCGAAGUUAGACCUGGAUUCAACCUUUGAACAGAAGAAUGAAAUAGCGAAAGCUGUGGAAGAGGAACUUGAAAAGGCAAUGUCAGCUUAUGGAUUCGAGAUAGUUCAAACACUUAUUGUGGAUAUCGAACCAGAUGAGCAUGUGAAAAGAGCAAUGAAUGAGAUAAAUGCAGCUUCUAGAAUGAGGUUGGCUGCUACUGAGAAGGCCGAAGCUGAGAAGAUAUUGCAGAUAAAGCGAGCUGAGGGAGAUGCAGAAUCCAAGUACCUGGCUGGGCUUGGCAUAGCUCGGCAGCGCCAGGCCAUUGUAGAUGGGCUUAGGGACAGUGUUCUUGCCUUCUCUGUGAAUGUGCCAGGGACUUCAUCAAAGGAUGUCAUGGACAUGAUUCUGGUGACCCAGUACUUUGACACAUUGAAGGAUAUAGGUGCAUCCUCAAAGGCUUCGUCUGUUUUCAUCCCACAUGGGCCAGGUGCUGUGGGAGACAUUGCUUCACAAAUUAGGGAAGGUCUCCUUCAGGCUGAGACAGCAAAACAUUAGCAUUAAAUUUAAUCAUUUAAUCCCAUGGCCCUUGUUUAGUUCCAAUGGUAUGCCUAAAGAUUAGUGUGCUAUACUGCUAUUGUCUGAAGCUUGCUUUUACUUUGCUUUCUAUUCUAGGUUGUAAUUGAAUACUGUAGGAGAAAAUGUGUGUAAGCAGUAAAUAAUGGAGAAGGGUGAUGUUCCAUGUGGUUAGGGCAUUGUGGUAAAGAUGUUUAUAUAAAUAUGUAGGAUUGGAAACCGGAUUCCUUUGUGAUGUACUGUUGGGUUACUAUUUGUUCUGACUAGCGCAAGUGCCGCAAUAGUCUGUUGAAAACAAAUUAAAUGCUGGAUCUGUCUCAGGUUCUUGGCAUUUGGCAAAUACCAUAUUGUUUUCUGAGUUUA